UUCUUCGUUGCAUGAAAAUUAUUUAUAUUUUAUUUUAAAAGAAAUGAUCUGAAAUAGAAUGGCCACUUACCUGCCACAGAGUUUCUCUAAACCGCUGCCACCAGAGUUUCCAUAUCCGUACAGGGUCGCCGGAACUUAUCAACUGUUUCCGAAGAGGAGGAGAUCGCCGGUGAUCGGAAAGUGCUUGUCGACCGAGUCAGUGACGGGUCUGACUCGGAGUGCGGAGACAGAUUUGAGAUAUGUGGUGAGUGAACACGGAUGGGGCGUGAGGAGGCUGGCGAAGGAGGACGAAGAAGAGAUGAGGAAGGUGUCUCUGGUUCAGGCAGAGGCUUUCCACAACCCGGUCGCUCUCUUCGACGAUUUCUUCUUCCUUUUCUUCCAGGCAGAAGUUCUUUCUGUGCUUCUCUACAAACUCAAGAAUUCACCUCCUGACAGAUAUGCAUGUCUGGUGGCAGAGGCGGAGAGGGAUGAGAGUGAAGGCUCGGAUUCAGGCAGAGGGAUCGUGGGAGUAGUGGACGUGACUGCCAUGAGAGACGCCUCUGUGCUUCGGCAUUUUCCGGACGUGGAUGAGUAUCUUUACGUGUCGGGACUCGCCGUCUCCAAAUCUCAAAGGAGGAGGAAAGUGGGGAGCACAUUGUUGAAGGGAUGCGACGUGGUAAGGGAAAAGUGGGGAAUGAAGCUAAUGGCUCUGAGGGCAUACGAAGACGACAGAGCGGCUAGGAAGCUCUACGCAAAUGCCGGCUACAGAGUUAUAGAGGCUGAUCCUCCAUGGUUCUCCACUUGGCUCGGUCGUAAACGCCGCCUCCUCAUAUUCCACCGGGAAUUCACAAAGAUAAUAAUAAUUGAGUGGGAUAAGAAACAGCAAGUGCAUGUGGUCAGGCGUGUCUCGGGUCUCCCUUCCCUUGCCCUGUCUGUGUUGCGAUUGAGGCUUUCCCUUGCCCAGAUUCGUUGGGCUGGAAGUGGAAACCCCUUGUGGUUCCUUGGUUUCAUGUGAUUCUCCUAAGUGGGCGUCGUUGUCAUUCUCUGUUUGAUAAAGUGGGCUUUCAUGUUGUUUCUUUGACGCCUCGUCUUUGUUUAAUGCCACUUAUGGGCUUCAAGCUCAUUCCACUGUGACUCUUUUGUAAGGGAGCAUGGCCCAUUUAUCAACUGAAUUACAA